GCGGGUUCAAAGCGGAAGUGGGGGGGGGCCCCGAGCUGUGGGUGCUCCUCCCCCCUUCCCUCCCGGCCUCUUCCCUUCUCGCCGGCGCUGCAGCCAGGCCCCGCCGGACCCCGCGCUGCUGCCAUGGCCGACGACCUGGACUUCACCACGGGCGAUGCGGGCGCCUCGUCCACCUACCCCAUGCAGUGCUCGGCGCUGCGCAAGAACGGCUUCGUGGUGCUCAAGGGCCGCCCCUGCAAGAUCGUCGAGAUGUCCACGUCCAAGACCGGCAAGCACGGCCACGCCAAGGUCCAUCUGGUUGGUAUUGACAUCUUUACCGGUAAGAAAUAUGAAGAUAUCUGCCCAUCAACUCACAACAUGGAUGUUCCAAAUAUCAAGAGGAGUGACUAUCAACUGAUUGGUAUUCAGGAUGGAUACCUCUCCCUGCUAACAGAAAGUGGUGAAGUUCGUGAGGAUCUGAAGUUGCCAGAAGGUGACCUGGGCAAAGAAAUAGAAGGGAAAUUCAAUGCAAGUGAAGAUGUGCAGAUAUCAGUUAUAUGUGCAAUGAAUGAAGAAUGUGCUGUAGCCAUAAAGCCUUGCAAAUAAACAAGAUCACCAGGCUCGAGCAACUGCUCAGGUCUGGACAAACUACAGAUCUUUAAAUUUGGUUCUGAUUGUCACCAAAGCUCUGGCCUUCACAAACAACCUCAUUUCUUUUUCCUUUUUUUUUUUUUUUUUUUUUUUUAAUUGUUUCAGAAUAGUGCUGGAUUCUAGAUUAAUGUUGCAGGCUAACUGGCAGUUUUCAAAAUCACUGAGGUUUUAAUUCCUUAUGACUUGUGUGACUGUCUUUUUAACAUUCCUGUGGGUUUCAGUUCAUAGGUCUAAGAAACCUGAUCAGGUGUCACUAAUGGGUAUAUUUUAUUUGCUUGAGCAAAACAUUUGUCUGUCCAAACAGACAAAGUACAGUAUUCAGGGGGCUUUUAGAUAGAGGGUAUCUAGGAUUAAAAACUAACCUAGAGCACAAAUAGUUCUUUUUUGGACAUGGUCUUUAGGUAGAACUGACAUAAUAAAUGUAGGGGGUUUUGUUUAUUUGUUUGGUUUGUGUGGUGGUUUUUUGUUUUGGGGUUUAUUUUUUUUUUUUUUUAACUUAAAUGUUAUUUUGUGAUUUGGGACUUUCACUGACCUGUAGGUGCCAAUCACAAGUUUUAGACCAAGAAACUCAAGUGAUCAAAAAUGCCAGCUCGCUUGACAAAGUCCUGGUGGCCAUGUGCAACUAACUGUAUUACCUCUGUACUCUUCUUUGCCAACUUGUUGGCUUACUUAUUGUAAUGUUAUAUAUUAAAAAUGGUGUCAAAGCCUACCUGUGGUCGAGGCAGGCAAUCAGAAUGUUGGGUAGUUAUUGCAUAGUUGGGUCAAGCGGACACAAAGGUGAGAAUGGAUGUUAAAGCUACAGACUUUCACUCGAGGCCUUUGUCAGACUUGGAAAAAUAAAAAUAGAAAAAUGCAGUUCAAUUGCUCUCUUCUAUUGUAUUUAUCUUGGUCUAUAAAAGGGGUAACACACUCCCCAGGAAUCAGUUGCAGUGCUUCCAGUGUUUAGGUGUAAACAUUCAGGUUAAACUUGCUUUUUGUAACACAUGGACUGAAAAUAUUUGAAAACAAAAUACAUUGUAGCAUCUAACUAAAUGCACAGCCUUUUCAUGUAAAGGAAACUAAGUUGAAUCUUGGGCAACUGAAAUGCCAACUCUAGGCUUGGCAGACUACACCACUAAACAGUCAUGGCUCAAUUUAGAAGUUAGUUACUUUAUCUAACUAUGAGUACACAACAAAUUCUCUGGUUUCUGCCAUCAGCAGAGUAGUUGUUCCUGAUUCACCAAGAAUAUGUAUGCAUGAUACGCUUAACGAACCUGAAAAGCUUUGCGAAAGUGGUGACAAAGAGUCACUAGCUUGCUUUGUCUAUAUCUUACACCUGAAAACUUCAUCCCUCCGUUUAAAUUGAGGGUGUUUUUUUUUUUUUCCCUUUUUAAAACAACCAUUUAGCUUGUGGCUUAAACCUCACAAGUAACACUUCAAUUGACAGACUGGUUUAUGAACUUGCCUUGAAGUUUUAAUGGCUGUUAACUAAUUGAGGACAGCUUGUAAACAUUUGGAGUGCUGCCAUACCAAAAAAAAAAUGCAUAGUUCAGUCACUUGCUUCUCUUUGGUAGUAGGAGCCAGACUUUAUGCUGCUAUAAAUUAAUUUUCAAAAAACCCCACAGUAGGAAUUCUCCAUAUCUCACAAGUUGUCAAAGCAGCUAUUCUGAGACAAACUUGUACAUACAACUCAUCUUGGUUAUAGUAAACCUUAGUCAAUUUGAAGUGUGCCUCUACAAGAUGCGCCCAUUUGCCAGUCUCUUCAUGACAUGGGGAGAAGCACAAUGCAGCUUAAAGCUAGCCAUUAAUAGCUGCCUUGUCCAUAAUUAAAGCACAAUGAACUGUAACUAAAUCUUAGCAGCAUGUAAAUAUUGCUACCUACUUGCCUCUCCAUAUAGGCUUUAUAUAGGACCUUAUAGGAACUGCCUUCUUUCGCACACAUUGGUAAAUCUGAUUUAUAAGGCAAGGCUCUGGACCUGACUACAGAUUGAAAUGGGUCCAAACUAAAGUAGGUUUAAAAGUGCUUUCUUAAUAGCUAAAGCCACUUCGCACUGCUCUACUCUUCUUUUUUUUUUUUUUUUUUUGCUGGCCCCUUUUAAUAGGAAACUAUGUGGAAGGGGCAGUGUGUAUUCUGAAAGACGGGUAUCACAUGGCUCAGAUAUGACUAAUGCUAUUGAUAUUGUCAAUGACAAGUUGAGGUGCCUGAUAUCAACUGGAAAGUCUAACAGUGAUAUAACCUAGUUAGUGCAAGUUCCAGAUGCUAUCACUGCUAUAAAUGUUGCAGGACAAAUUCAAGUCCUUUCUGUUCUCUUUGUGCUUUAGUACAAAUCUUAAAUGUGUAUCAGCCUUCAAAACAACAUUUGAUGCAGUCAAAUAUUGGAUACAACUUGCUUGCAACUCUUAUGUUUUUACUUUAGUUGUCGUCUGUAAUCCUCUCCAUUUCUACCCUUUUCCCCCCUGCCUUGGUUUGUACAGUAGUAGGGUCUUGGUCUGACUGGGGCUUCUGGGUACUAUUAUGAUGCACCUAAAUAAAUUGAAUUCUAGAAGUUUUAAAGAUUUAUUUCUCAAGUAGUCAGAAAUGCCUUCCUAAGGGGUAAAACUGCCCUCAAUUCUGCAAGACUUGGUACCUUUAAAAGAAUCCGUUUGGGUCUAUAUGAAUCUAAUUGCAUGUGAUAAUUUUACCUGUUGUUUAUCCACCUUAUAAUGCACUUAAAGAUCGAUGAAAGUUAUCGUAUACAUGGAAUUGCCUGUAGAUCAUGCAUAAACCUGUGUGCGCUAAAUCAUCUUGCAGAUAAUACCAUAAAACUUAACUGGUGAAGUAUGUUAAAGGGUUCCUAUUGAAUUCAAGACAAACACUUGAACCAUGUAUUUCAUAGCAACAUCUCUUAGCUCACUGUCAUUUACAGCCCACUUAAAAAAAAUUCUGACUAGCUCCAGUAAAAUAUUUCAUGAAAAAUGUAGCAAUUUAACAAAACUUGACUGGGGAGAGUUUCUUUCCUCUCACAGCUCCACUCUAAAACUAAUGGCAUGUUUGUGUGGUUUGUAGCACUAGCUUCUAAAUUUAACUUUUAAGGUGAUAUUUGUAAUAUUGGGACAAACUGCAAGUUCUAGUAGUUGCUGUAACUUGCUUAAGUUAAAAGACUUUGAAAACUGGGAGGGAGUGGAGUUAGGAAAUAUUUUACUCCUAUUUUGUUUUUUGUUUUGUUCUUCUGGGGUUUUUCCUUCUGUCUUUCCAGUUCUUCGGAGAGCUGUAGGCUGUUACUUGCCUCAAAUAUUGGUAAAUAUUAUUUAACAACUUAAAUGGAUCUUCCUAAUUUUUGCUUGAUUAUGGUGGUUUUUCAACUAGACUUGCUAGUUGAGCCAUGUUCUCAGGGCUGCUUUUACUAAAAAUUUUAAUUAAUUGAAGUUCAUUGCAUUAACAGUAACUGCUUGUAAGUCUCUUGCAGGGUUUUUCUAAUUCAUAAAUCUAUAACAUGCCCAAAAUGGUGCAUAGUCUGCAAUCUCAGAAUAUUGUAUUUUGCAUAAUCUGUUCAAGAAUCAAAACUGGUGACAAGUCAGCUGAUGGUUACUGAAGGUUAAGCAUGUUAAAUGUUAAUUGGCUUCAAAAUUCAGACAGUCACUUACUUUUUUUGUUUUGGUUGAAUAAUUAGAAUGAAGUGUGUCACAGUAAGAUUAAUCUCUGGUUAAAAAAAAAUUACACUUACUAAGGCUUGUGGGGGGGCAAUAUAGCAAUGAACAUAUAUAGCGAGAUGGUUGUUUUUUUGUUUGUUUUUAAUGAAGGCAUAAAUCUUAAAAGGCAUUAUGUUAAGUAUAUGGUGGAUUUUUAAAAAUAUUUUGCAGGGUACACUUAAAACAUCAGAAGUCUCACUUUUUAAUGUCUCUAGUCUACCCCCUAAAGUAGUUAGCUUACGAGAAUGAUUCUGUAUUGUGGUUUACAGCCAGUGUGAAAUUGGAAGUAAGUAUUUUUGGUUAGUUUAAAUGUUAGCCACAUAAUACUAAAUAUACAAUACCUGUUGUUUGCACGUUAAAUUGUAAACAUACCAACUGCUAUUCAGUGUACCUUUUAAUAAAAAAAAAAAAAAAAAAAGUCUGGGGAAGAGGAGAGAUGUUUCUUAAUGAAACUCUACCUGCAAGGUCAUUUUACUGACCAUAAGGGAGAAAAAUACUUUGUAUGCUAUUUUAUUUAGUCUUAGAGAUAAGCAAGCAAUGGAUCUGUUUGGUCAACUGGAAGGGUUCAAAUGUUUAUAUGUUAAGAUAUAUUUGCUUUCCAAGUCACAAACAGUAAUUUGAGAGAUGUAACUGUACAUUACCCUUCUGUAAUAGCAAAGUAUUCAAAGUUACUAAGAGUAAAAGAUGUUAAGGUUACAAAGAUUUGUUUUAAAGAAAGCCUUUAACACUUAAAGUUCGCUAAAAUGCUUUUAUAAAAUGUAACUAAAGUCAAAGUUCAUGAACAAUAAGGAAAAAAUAAAGCUAAAUUUUAAGGUC